GAUGUUCAGUGCCCUCCAAAAUAUGGUGAUGGUAGAGAGAAAUUAGUUAUUUUUUGCUGUAUACUUACUGCAAUUUCGAUCAAAAUAUGAAUAUGAAACCGAUGUACAGCUUUUAUUUCAUCAGAAUUGAUCAGAAAUUGAUCUCUCAUUUUUCUACAUUGUUAUGCACUUAGCAUGACUAACAGUAUUUGAUUGUUGGUUUAGUUAUUGUGAACCUGACAACCUUAGAACCUGGGUUCUUAACUGCAGCUACAAAUUGGCUGAGUGAAUAGUCGGUUUGCGCGCCUUCUGUCCUUAACCUACCCACGCCAUAGCUUCCUUGGAGCCUGUCUUAGUGACCGUAACCAACAACAGAUCCAACAGAAUGGAUUCGACUUAACAUUGCACUGGCGUUAACGUUAAAGGUAAAUAGGCUACAUGUUCUAUAGCCAACAAACUGGUCGUUCACUUGUCGUUAAAAUAUUCUUGAUGGCGUACGCAUAUUGUUGCAGUGUAGGUUAUGUUAUAGAUAGGAUCCUGGUGCAUCUUCAUUGAUUCUUCGAUUAACUUCUCGCUGUCUGAAAUUCCUGGACCUUAAAACCCCAGAAACUGGAAAAAAAUGGAAGUAUUGGGGGAGUACAAGUGUCGUAACUGUGACAUGGUUUUUCGGUCCCUCGCACUUCUGGACAAACACAGAGAACACUUCUGUAUCGGCAGCGACAUCGGAGACCCUCUCGUUUUAAAGCGGGGACAGCCCCAGUUUAUGGAACCGGAGGGAAGCAACUUCAAAGGAGGGCCAAAAAAGGCGGAGACCCCUAAUUUCAAGAAGAGAGAGCAGAAGAAUGAGCAGGCCAGGCUGCAGAGAUGGCGGGAACGGGCUGAAGACAGGGACUGGCGGUCUCGGAAAGAGGAGGACCCAGGCCCUGGUGGGUCGGACAGCCUCACCCUGAGGAAGCUCACAGAGGAGUUUCACAAGCUCAGGAUGUCAAUCGAGGAGAGCAUGCCUACCCUUCCCACAUGGGCUGCCGAGGCGUCCAAAGAGCCCAGCCCCAGGAGGCCGUGGGAGCAGAGCGACAGAGUGCGGGAGAUGGCCGAGAGACACGAGCGGCAGCUGGCCGAGAUUCAGGCGCACAACCGCCGGCUGGAGCAGGAGAGGGAGGAGAUUGGGAGGAAGCUGGCGGAGUUGGCGGGCAGGGGCAACGCCGCCAACCUGGAGAAGCUCCUGCUGGAGCUGCAGCAGCAGGAGGAGAGGAAUGAAGAGGCGCUGCAGCACAUUCAGGGCCAAAUCCAGACUCUGCACCAGCAGCAGGGGGCCAGAGAAGCCGGGAACCGCCCGGACUCUCCCAGCUUUGGGCCGCACGAGGAGAGGAAGACGCAGCACAUGACCUUUGACCUCUUUUCCGACGGGGACGGCCGUCUCUCCAGCCAGAUUAGAGCGCUGCGGUUGGCCUACAUGCAGUCCGGCGGCGCCGACCCGGUGGUUCUGGCCCAGAUGCACGACCUGCAGGCUGAGGCGCACAUGCUGGAGUGGGCCAAGCCCAGAGCCCAACUCAAGGGCGGGAAAAGGAGAUCGAAGCCCUCGCAUCGGGUGCUGGACGCCGAGCUGCUGUCGGUGGAGACGGAGAACCAGCGGCUGGAGGAGGAGAUCCUGAGGAUCCGGCUGGCCAGGGAGAGGCACAGAGGGGAGGAGGCAGCAGUCGGGGCUGAACUACAGCAAGUCCAGAGGGAACAAAUUCAUCAGAUGGCAACCGUGCAGGCGGAGAUAGAGUAUCUUCGCAGAGAGGUGGAGAGGGCCAAGGACUUCCCCCGAGAGCGCAGGCAGGCUCCUCCCCCGCCUCCUCCGCCCCCUUUCCCACCCCCUCCGCCCGUACUUCCCCUGGAUCAGAUGCCUGCUCCGCCUACCCUGGAGCAGGCCGGGCCCCACAAUGCCAUGCAAGGCAGGCCUGUGCUGGACCCCCUGGAAUCCCUGGGCCCUGCUCCUUAUGACCCUGGGGCGGGCUUCGUGAUCUUCUACGACUUGGUCCUGGGCCUGGAGGCCACCCUGCGGACGGUGCGGCUGGUGGUGGGUCUGUACGCCGGAGGUCACGACCUUGGGCGCCCCACCCACCUGCCGCCCGUCCCGUGCCAGCCGGGCGGAGGCCUGCCCUACGUCAGCGCCGUGCCCGCGGGAAACUUCGCCACGCUGUCCGUCAAACAGCCCGUACCCAGGAUGCAGCCCUCUUCCUCCCUCGCGCUGGUGGUGGAGGUGCAGGCCGCCGGGGGUCUGGACCCCUACGGCCAGGAGAUCCAGCGGCUGGUGUCUCGGGGCUGGGCGCAGCUGGACCUCUUCGACGCGCACAAUCAGGUCCGGAGCGGCCACUGGAGGCUGCCCGUCCGCGCGCUCCCCGUCCGGCCCUCCCUCGGCACCGCGCAGCUGAACGCCGUCCCCCAGGUGGGGAACGUGGAGCUUUGCCUGCGGGUGGCCAACGCUCGGGACGGAGACGUGCAGUCCCUGGUGAACGUCGAGCCCGGCAACGCUGCCCAGUAUAAAUAUCCCUCAGUGGUAUCUGCUCGACCCAUGGCUUUCUUGGGAAACCCGCCCCCUCCCCUCACUACAUUAAAGCCUUCAGCCAAUCCUUACCUUUCUCUCCUUCCCCCAACCGAUCACGUGGAUCCUCCACCAAUGGAGGGAUCCAAUCAGAGCGAGGCUGCGGCGCCCUCACGCUCCGGACCUGUGGCGAGCGGAGGAGGUGGAGGAGCAGAAGGGGGGAUGGGCGUCGUUGUGGACAGAGUGAAGGGGGCGCCCCCGGGAGAAGGCGGGCUGCGGCUGACGGGGUACAGCCAGAGGACCGGUAAGGUGCUGCUGUUCGGAACCUCUGGAGUGCUCUGCUGCACCUCCACGGUGCUGUCCUCCAUCAAACACGGGGACUUCAUCUUCGGGGAGCAGCGGAUCAGCUUCUGCCCAGCCGAGCCCCAGGAGGACAUGGUGCUGAUCCUGCGCUUCUACCACUGGCCUGGAGGGGGCGGCGUAGAGCCCGGGAGCCUGGUGGAGCAGAAGAGUCGGGCUCCGUGGGAGCGGGACGGCGUGGUGGGGAACCUCGCCAAGCAGGAGGAGUGCGCGUCCGCCUGGGGGGUGAUCAGGCUCACCCGUCCCGUGGCUCCAGCAGAAAAAAGAGCUCCUGGCCGAGAGGUGACAUGGAACACCGGCACCCACACGGUGCCCCUUUACCACGUGCCAGUGCCACCCGCCAUCGCCCUCACUGCCCUGCCUGAUGAUAGCCUGGUAAAGCCUUUUGCGCCCUAUGGCAAUGCUGCGGCCCGUCUGCAUAUCUACAGUGGGGAGGCGCCUCUCUUCCCGUUCCCCCCAGAGUCCCCCCUCCCCCCCCACGCCUCUCCAGAGUGGCCUCAGGGGGCGUACAUCUUUCGGGAAAGGGAGACCCCCCCGGUGCGCCCCUUCCUCUCAGGGGACGGGUUUGACCUCUACAUCGACGGAGCGCGCUUCCUGCCGGACUGCGUGACCGUCAGCAGGGUCACCGGACGCAUCUUCGACCGCCACUACAACCAAGUGGGGCCAGACAUUUCCACAGGGAUAGACCUGAACAGUAACAUCUUCGAGCCGGUUUACAACGAGAGGGUGGAGAUUCGCUGCCUGAACAUGCCCCCAUCAGCAACACUUUUACUGAAGCUAUACACUGUGGACCGUUUCAGUCUGAGAAUGGUUCUGGUUGGCUGGACGGCACUCGGGCUGUUUGUGGAGUCCGGCAGUGAGACUCAGCCCAGCGUGGACACUGGUGCACUGCAGAUAUCGCUGAACGAGGGAGCCCAUCAGCUCAGGCUGUACCACACCGGCCCCGACCCUGACAAGCCCCUGUGCACCAAAGCACUGAGCUCAGCCAGCAGGCGGGUGCCCUGUGCGACUGUGCUGGUGCGAGUGGCCGGAGUGCCUGUGGACGAGGACGGGCGAGCCCUGAGCCGAAGCCAGGUGCCCGAGGCCGACUGGGGGAAGCUGGGGCUGCUCCUGCCCCGGCCGGGGUACUCCGAGGGGGGGUAUUACUCCAGCUCAGCCAGGCCCACCCCCGGGGAGGCCUCUCUGCAGUCCGCCAUGAGCCACCGGUCGGUGGUGCUCGUCCGAGAGAUCGCCAGCCUAAUCGCCGGAACAACCUGGGGGGCAGAGCCGGAGUCGGACGAAGAGAUAAGCGAUUGGAUCAGGCAGAAGCUGAGCCGCAUGAUGGACAGCAGGCCCCAGCCAAUCAACUUGAGCAUGGUCUCCCGCUAUGUCAGUUCUGCUGGGCUGAAAGUGUCUGUGGACCGAGCGCUUAACCUGCCUUGGGCGGCCUUCACCCUGGGUCUGUGCACCCUGAGUCCCCCUGCUGCCUUCUACCACGGCCCGUCCUGGGUGUCAUACGACCGACCCACCAUUCUGCAGCAGCUGGACUUCAACAGCAGUCAGAGCUCCCCCCACUGGUCAGAUGGGUUCAAGUCUUUCCCCAGGCGGGUUCACCACCAGCACCUGACCGCCAUCGUGCACCUGCAUGAGGUUUCCGUGCGGGCCACACACGACCCCGCCGGUGCCCAGUCACCCAGGGGGCAGGAGACCCUGACUUACAGCCUGGGUAAAGAGUCCUGGGCAGCUCUGCCCAUCUUCACCCGGGGGUACUGCCAUACAGCUCACUACCAGCUGCCCCUAUAUCAGGGUUCCCCUUCACAGGCUGCACUUAGUGCCCUGGCCCAUGGGGAAUGCCAGCUGGUCUUGGAAGAUCUGAGACUGAAGGGUCAGGUCCAGCUGCUGAAGGGAGCGUCCGUUUUCGUGAGAGUGGUAGACGGCCGUAGGUGUGAAGAGCUGGAGCAGAGUGAGGACAAGGACAGAGACGUCUCCCAGCUGCCCCCAGAUCAGAUGGACUCGUACAGCCCCCAGGGCAACCGCACCCCCCUCUCACAGCUCAUACCCCCCUCCUGCACAAAGGACUCCUUCGCCAGCAAACUCACCGCCAAGUUCACACAGCUCGUUUACCAGACUCUGGGACCCUCCACUGAGCUCGGCCAGCAAAACCUCCUGCGACUGUGACGGAAGGCAGGCCACUGGCUGAGCGUCACUGCUCCCUCCUCAAAUGUUCCUGCACCCAAAUCCCACCCCCCUGUGAAAUCAUGUACAGAGAUGUAAUGAGCAAAAAACCACAAUAAAAAUGCUUUCGAGUUUGUGCAAUUUCAGAGAUCGGGAGCGAGACGUUCAGUUUUGCAAAUAUUCUUUAUUGAAACGUACUACAAUUUUACAAAAAGAGGGAACAAACAUUUAACAUGGAAAUGCCUUAUUUACAACACAAAGCACAAAGAUGAUGGGGGGGGGGGGGGGGGGAAGGGGGCAUGCUGUACUGGUUGGCCCUGCCAUCUUCAGGAAGGACAUCACGAGGUCUCCACGGUGGCGGACGGCUUCACUGGCUGCGGGAGGAUAAA